AGUUACGAUUAUGUCAAACAAUUGAAAGGGUUUUAAGCGAUAACGAUGUUCUGGUUCACAUGUUUUGUAUGUGUAACAUCAUUCGCUGUCGUUCAGUUUAGAUCGAUGCCUAGACGCGGCCUAUACAUGAUUUUGGCACUUUGCGGCUGUUUGAGCGCAGUUCUGAUCACCUGGAUCGUCAUUAGCAGCAGCGGCACCGCUGAUGCUCAAACAACUGAGCCAACGAUUACAGUUCAUCUGGAGGGCGGUCAAGGUGCAGUUUUAGGCAAUUAUGAUCGCACCUCGUGGACACAACAAAGUUUUAUGCAAUUUCGUGGCGUUCCCUAUGCAGAGGCUCCCGUGAAAAAGCUGCGUUUUCGCCCACCUGUUCCACGCUCACCCUGGUCAAAUACAUUCAACGGGCUGAACUAUGGACGACGUUGCCCGGUAAUCACUAACCUAGAUCCACUAGCGUCGGAUGCGCAAUUGGAGGACUGUUUGAAUUUGUGUAUUUACACUAAAAAUCUAACGGCUCGUCAGCCCGUCAUGUUUUAUGUCUACGGCGGGGGUUACUACAAUGGCUCGUCAUCCGAUCAUCCGCCUAACUACUUGCUUGAGCAUGAUGUGGUGCUAGUGGUUCCCCACUAUAGAGUGGGAGCCCUGGGCUGGUUGACAAACUACAGCCAGCAAUUGCCCGGAAAUGCACCAAUUGCCGAUAUUCUGUUGGCUCUGGAAUGGGUGCAACAGCACAUCCACGUAUUUGGCGGUGAUUCACAGCAGGUGACCAUUUUUGGACAAAGUGCCGGUGCUGGUGUAACCAGCGCAUUGCUGUUGAGCCCACGCACGGCUGAUAAUCGCCUCUUUCAACGUGCCAUUGUGCAGUCGGGGUCAAUUUUUGCAGGAUGGGCCGUAACCAAAGAUCCCAGUGCGCAAGCAAUACGAAUUUGCCAAGCACUGGGCUGCACCGAUUGUGAAAGGAAUGAUAAGAUAUUGCUCUUGUGUAUACUUGGAGCAUCGGUACGUGAUAUACUGGAGGCUACCAAAUCUGAAUCCUUUUCCCCCGUUGUUGGUGAUUUGCAGGACAUUUUGCCACAAAAUCCGAACGAACUUGUAAAGCAGUACAAUAGAAAAGUUCCACUUAUGACGGGUUUUACCCAACACGAUGGAUCAUUUGUCUUGGCCAGCUACUAUGAUGGACUGGAUGCCAAGGGCGUCAACAUAAGCGAUUUGAGUGUACGUCAGCUAUCUGAAGGUUUAAUAGCAAUGGUCAACGAUACGACCGGACUAACGGAUCAGCUGCUUUAUCGAUUGCUAUAUACUCCCUUUUUACUACAAAGUCAGGCCCAUAAGGAAGCUAUACCCUCAUACUUCGAUCUCACCUCCGACAUCUUUAUGAAAUCGCCCGUCAUAAGUCUGGCGACCAAACUGCAUGUCAGGCAACCGGACGCACCCAUCUAUGUCUACAGUUUUGAAUACGAGGGCGCUUACACGCGUUUCGGCUAUGAGUUUGGAAAUGAUCAGUAUCCGUUCAACGGUGGCGUUCAUCAUUCGAAUGAUAACAUAUAUCUCUUCGCUACGCAUCCUCUGGAGGGUGAGGAUACACGUAUGGCACAGCAAAUGGCUAAGAUUUGGACUUCAUUUGCACGUACCGGUGUACCCCAGGAUUUAAAUGCUUUAACCAGCACGAGCGGACCUUAUAACUGGCUAGGACUUAACGUCGAAGUCGGAGCAGAUAUAUUAGAAACGCUAACGGCCACCAUUGAUGAUCCCAACAAUUGGAGACUUGUGCGUACAUAAUAAGAGCCGUAAGCGAAGGGACGUGGUAACAGCGCUAUUAAUAUUGGAUAGAUCCACUUUUUGUUUUAAUAUUAGAAUAUUAAAAAUGCACGAAGUCUUCUGAGGAAGAGUGUCCAGAUAAGCAUAAAUUCUGUGAAAGCCUUAUUUGAAUCUACAAGAAUCUAAAUAUAUAUGCAAUACCUGUUAAAUAUAAUAAUAAUAAAUGAUAAUACAAACAUAGUAAUACACUUAUUAUUUAAAUUUUUCAACAAUUUGUCUGGAUGUUGAGAAAGAAUUUAACGUAAAUUUGUUGUAAAAAGUACAAAUCUUUUGAAGCUUUCUAUAAUACUAGUAUUAAUAAUUCUUGGAUGCGCCUAGAAAUUGUCAUUGUUGCUGAAAUCUGUUAUCAAUUUUCUGUUGGAUAAAAAAAUUAAUUUAAAUAAUCUAUAAUUUGCUUGGAAAAAGUUAUUAAAUUUUGUUUCAUUUGAA